AUGGCGCCGAAUCGCAUCGAGCAGGAUGAAAUCGAAAAGUACUGGGAGAUCUUCAGCUCACUUAGCAAUGGCGGUACCCAUCUGGACGGCGCGCAGGCCGCCCCUGUGCUCAAGAACUCGCACCUCCGAGACGAUCAACUAGAGCGCGUGUGGGAUCUUGCGGAUGUGGACAAUGACGGCAAGCUGGACUUUGAGGAGUUUUGCGUGGCUAUGCGACUCAUCUUUGACCUGAUCAAUGGGGUAUCGGUCGAUGUGCCUAAAGUCCUGCCCGACUGGCUGGUGCCUGAAUCAAAAGCACACCUUGUGCAAGCGACACGCGCUCUUACCGGUUCACAACCCGCAUACGAGACGGUCGAAGACGAUGACGACACACCGGGCCUGCGCGACGGCUUCGACUGGUACAUAUCACCCGGAGACAAGGCCAAGUACGAGGAAAUCUACACUGCGAACCGCGACGGCCACGGCAACAUCACCUUUGACAGCCUGGCUGGGCUGUUUGACAGUCUCGAAGACGUGCCAGACUCGGACAUACGCUUUGCAUGGAACCUGGUCAACCCAAAGGCAAGAGAAAGUGUAGGCAAAGACGCUGCUCUGACUUUCCUGCACAUUCUCAACCAACGAAGCGAGGGAUUCCGCGUCCCACGCAGUGUGCCCCCGUCGCUACGGGCAAGCUUCGAAAAGGCGCACAUAGACUACGACAUCAACUCUAGCGCUAACUCGCGAUGGGCGGCCUCGCGCGAUGAGAACACAGCCUCGGGCCGCAAAGCAAAGUUUGGCGACGCAUACCUCACACGCCUGGGUGUCGGUGACCGCGCGAACAGCUACGGUGCGCGAGGCGGAAAGGGCACUGAUUUUGGUGGCCGCACAACAGAAGACUGGGAAGAGGUCCGGCUUAAGAAGCAGCUGCGUGAGCUUGAGCAAAAGAUGGCGGAUGUGGAGAAGGAAGUCGAGAAGAGGCGGCAUGGCCGCAACACAGAUAGCAAGCCGGCACUGGUUAAGCGUGAGUUAGAGCUCUUGCUUGACUACAAGCGCAACGUGCUCAAAGAGCUCGACAAUGACGACGGAGGUGCAGUCAAGGGGCUGGGCGGUAUUAGGGAAGAGAUUGAGACGGUGAGAGAACAAGUUGAGGGGUUACAGGCGCAUUUGGAGAGUAGAAAGGCCGUGUUGGAGGAUCUGAGGAGACAGAUUGAGGAUGAGAGGUAG